AUGCUGGAAUGUCGUCUAAAUGUGGAGCCAUGGAUGUAUAUAACUACUAUGCGAGUACUGUCUGCGUUCACGCUCUCCGUGGACUUAUUCGGCAUCUUCUGUAUCGUUGCCAAAACACCACCAGUCAUGAAGCAGUACUCACAACUACUGCUUGUAUAUCAGAUUUGUGCUACAGUGACCGAUACAUUUCUAAACAUGAUAUCCAUACCAGUUUUACUCGUUCCAUUUCCUAUUUUCUACUAUGCUGGACUACUUUUACCACGAGUAACUAUGAACUAUUCUUAUUGGCACAUGGUGUGGGCGUGCUUGGUAGUGACGACAAUGUGCUCAGUCGUGCAGCUAUUUGUAUUUCGUUAUCUUAGUAUCCGCCCAAUGGAUAAUAUGUCACGAGUGUUGGGGAAAUGUCUCUAUGCUACAUGUUUUGUUCUUCUUAUUGUAUUCAACAGCGCUGUGGUAGCAGGUGUAUUUACAAUGCCCAAUCGUAUCGAGGAGCUCAAGCCCAUAUUUGCGCAGGAAUUCUCGUGCAUCAGAGACUCGAUUGAUAUUCCUGGGGCUCAGUACGUGUCGCUCAAAGAUUAUCGACGACUUACGUCUGUUAAUGUGGUAGGAGCGUCCACAGUGGCCGUUGCGAUUUCUAUAUUAAUCUACUUAACAUUCCGUUGUAUUCGUCGUACGAAUGUCUCGCACAAAACUAUUGAAAUGCAAAGAAAAUAUCAGAUCUCACUCAUUUUACAGGUGAAUUUGUUGGUAUUGUGCUAA